AUGUACAAUGGGAGGCCUGGCUUCGGAGGCCCUCCUCCCCAGUACCCUGCCGGCAUGUAUCCAGGAGGAGGUGUGCCGAUGAAGAGCACCACGCUGUAUGUGGGAAGGAUAGCCCCCAGCGUGGAAGACAGCGUGCUGCGGGAGCUGCUGGAGGCGUGUGGUGAGGUGCAGGUGUGGAAGCCCACCCUGGACCCGGACACCUCCAAGUUCAAGGGCUUUGGCUUCUGCACCUAUGCGGAGCCAGAGGGGGUGAGCAUCGCCAUCCGCGUCCUGAAUAACCUGAAUGUGGAUGGCCAGCAGCUGAUCGCCAAGACCAACAAGGCCACCCAGGAGUACCUGGACUGGGUGGAACGAGAGAAGCAGCACCAAAGGGCGACCCCGGGAGCAGCAGCAGCAGCGGGCGGCGAGGGAACCCCUGACCCUACCACCCUGGAGAAUGCCGCGCUGGAGAAGGUCAUGGGCAUCCUGAGCCAGAGGGCACCCCAGCAGCUGGCCGAGCAGCCGGAGCCUGGCGAGGCGGUGGCCGCCGCUUCAGACUUCCUCGCCGGCCUGCAGUCGACCAGCACGCUGACAGCUCAGCAGGAGCCCCCAGGGUGCGUGGUUAGCUGCGGGCCCAGUGCUCGACCGCAGCCGACAAAGGAGGAGGAACGGGAGCUGCUGCGGCGGCAGCGGGAGGAGCAGCGCCGGCGGGAGGAUGAGGACCAGGCAUAUCGGGAGUCGGAGCGUGCCUGGGAGGCGAUAGAAAGGACGCAGCAGCGGGAGCGGGAGCGGGAGGCCGACAAGGAGCGGGACCUGCUCAAGGAAAGGGCGCGCGCCAUCCACGCCGACAACUCCGGGGUGGGGAGCGAUGACGAGGAGAUCUGGCGGAGGAAGUGGUACAGCCAGAGGUGGGGCUGGCUGGGGGAGGACUGUGUGGAAUGGAAGACCCUGGUGCCGCCGGGACAGGACCUGUGGAGGUGGCUGGGAGCGCAAGUGAUUGAGUGA